AUGGCCGCCGCCUACGCCGCCGGCGUGGCGCCCGGCGCCAUGCGGUCCGCGGUCGAGCGCCUCGCGGCCGGUGCGCGGCGCGUGGCGGUCGCCCUUGCGGACUGCCACAGGCUCGCGGCGCUGAUCAAGCCGGAGGCGUACACCGCGUUUGCGAUCCCGGAGGUGCAGCCUCGCGUGCGCGGCAUGGUGCACAUCGUGGAGGGCGCGGAGGAGGAGGCCUUCGAGCUGGCAGAGUGGGCCCUCGGCGGCGGCUUCCGCUACGCGCCCGCGCGGGCGGCGGCCGGGGGCACCUAUAGCUAUCACCGGCUCAGGUACGAUCUGGAUGAUCUGGUGCACGCGGUUUUCGCGCCGUCCGACGCGCUGGAUGACACGCUCGCGGGCGACAGCGGCGGCGGCUGUCAAGGCGACGGCGGCGGCGGCAGGCAUGGCAGCAGCGAAGGCGGCGACGGCGGCAGCGACGUCCUGCUGGCUUGGGAGGGGCUGGAGCGGCUGUCGUUCGCGCCGUAUGCCGCCAACGAGCUGUGGCAGCUCGUCGACGCGUGGCGCGCCGCUCUCGCAGCAGAGGCGGCGGUCCGGGCGCCGCGGACGGCGGCGCAGGUGGCGCUGGCGCGGCUGAGGGCGAUGCAGGGGCUCGACCUGGGGGAGCGAAUGGAGGGCGCGGCGGAGGCGGCGGAGCGGCUGUCAGGCGACAUGGCGCGGCUGUGGGCCAGCUGGCAGGCCACGCGUGCGGCAGGGUUUGAGGGGUUAGUGGGGCUCGAGGGGCGGCGGCUUGAAGGGGCAGCGGCUGACCAGGAGCGGGCGGCGGCUGGCGUGUUUGGAGAAGGGAACAUGGGUGGUGAAUCGAGCCGUGCAGUGGGUGAGCUGGCGGCGAUGAUGGCAGCCAUGCGUGGCAAGAGGGUUGCGUAG